GCCAAGUAGGUUAUCCAGUGGUGAGUGGUCCUUGACUCUGUCUCCAAGACGGAAGGUAUCCGGUUCUUAUUCGUGACCGUCGCGAAGUUUGUCGUCUUUUCCGGUCAUUCCCCUUUUUACUACAUCCACAAUCGGACUUCGCUGUUAUGAACUAACACGUGGUACUUGGUGUGUAAUUGUGAUCUCAUGUAAACAUACAGUGUCAAACUGCCUGCUCGACUUUUGUUUGGGGCUGAGGGGGCAUGAGCCGGCGGUUGAGGAGGCGUCGCCAUGUCCUCCCUGACUGACAAUGUCCCGUCGCCGCCGAAUGCUCCAACCUCUCCUGGGACUCGUGAUGGGGCUGACCGCGGGACUCCUUCUGUCGAGUGUCGGCGACCAGGAGACCUGCCCGGGGGCCACGAGGGCGCGACCGGCAGUGGAGGAGGCGGCGGCCUCUAUAGUCGGCCUGGAACCCACGGCGUACCCUAACAACAGCCACGGCAGUCUGCUCUUCGUAGGAGUUAUGACAGCUGAGAAAUACCUGUCUACGAGAGCCGUCGCCGUGUACGAAACCUGGGGCAAAUCCGUCCCUGGGAAAAUAGCGUUUUUCUCCUCGGAAGUUUCCAAAAGGCCGAAAAACCGCCCGGAUCUCCCUCUAGUCAGUUUGAAAACGGUGGACGACUCUUACCCUCCUCAGAAGAAGUCGUUUAUGAUGCUCAAAUACAUGUGGGACAAUUUCGGUGACCGGUUCGAGUGGUUUUUCCGAGCGGACGACGACGUGUAUGUGAGAACGGAGAGAUUAGAGGUGUUCCUCAGAUCGCUGGAUUCCAGGAAACCGUACUUUCUGGGACAAGCGGGCCGUGGGAACCAGGAAGAGUUUGGACUGUUGAGUCUGGAGUAUGACGAGAACUUCUGUAUGGGAGGUCCUGGGAUGAUCCUGAGUCGGGAGACGCUGAGGAGGAUCGCUCCUCACAUCGGCACAUGUCUGGGCAACUUGUUCACCACUCAUGAGGAUGUGGAGGUGGGACGGUGUGUGCAGAGGUUCGCUGGCAUACCAUGUACCUGGGCGUACGAUAUGGUGAACGUGUUCUAUCACAACUACACAGAGAAGACAGCUUUCACAGGACCUCUCAAGUCUAAGAGUGUUCAUGAUGCCAUCACACUACAUCCCAUCAAGCUACCUAAGUACAUGUACAGGCUUCACAACUACAUACAGGGUUUGAGGGUUAGAGACACGUUGCAACAGAGACUGGAGUUGUUCAGAGAUCUUGUGUCGACGGCUCAGUUGUUACAUCAACCUGUGGUUGGUGGCAACACCCGUAAAACCAACUGCUCAACUUGUCUACAGGAUGCUGCAUUACUUGGAGUAGAGCUAAGUCUGAAUCAGUUUCGUCCAAAGUCCUCAAGCAAUGUCCUCACAUGGGAUUUCAUGUCCAAGUCUCUCUUCUCCCAUAAGAAUCUGAAUCCACGCCGGCGUCCUGAGCGAGCUCUCUACGUGGGGAUUGAAGAUGCUGUGCGAGAGGUGAUGGAUUUGAUAAACAUCAAUGCUGAUCUGAAAGGUAGAGAAAUUGACUUCAAAGAACUUCUGUAUGGGUAUUACCGACUGAACCCGUUGUAUGGUGCUGACUACAUCUUUGACUUGCUGUUGACUUAUAAGAAGUUUCGUGGUCAUAAGAUGACAGUUCCUGUGAGGAAACAUGUCUACCUGCAUCAGUCAUUUACAGCAAUCGAUGUGCGGGAGACGUUUGAGAUGGAAGAUGCUCAAGAUGUAACCCCUUAUGCAGAGAUUGAGACAGAAGUUAACACUGAAGACCUGACGGGAACCGGACUCAGACAGCCUCUAGAAUCUGGUUUCCUCAAGCUCGGGCAAACUAUAGAUGGAACCGGUUUACAGGCACCAACGUCUCUGGAACGUAGAGGUUUCUACGACGCUUCAGACAAGCUCAUCAACUUCAUCCUUCCUCUCUCUGGACGCUAUAACACUUUUCUCAGGUUUGUCGAGAAUUUUGAAAACGUCUGCUUGAAGAGGAAAGAAAAAGUUACUCUAACCGUGGUGUUGUUUCCUAACGAGAGAGAAAACAGUUUUAACCAGUCGUUGUCUCUUGUUAACCAACUGCAGCAAAAGUACGCGUACACAAGACUAACAGUGCUCCCCAUGAACAAUACAUUUGCAAGAGCGCUAGCUCUGGACUACGGUGCCUCUCAUGUGCCUGAACCUGAUGAUCUCUUAUUUUUUAUCGAUGUAGAUAUGACUUUCAAUGCAGAAACGCUACUGAGAGUGCGAUUAAACACUGUGCGCGGUAGAAGAGUUUACUUUCCAAUUGUGUUCAGCCAGUAUGAUCCUCGUAUAGUCUAUAACACGCUAGAAUCCCCCAACCACUUCAACAUAUCCCAGGACUCCGGGUAUUGGCGGCAGUUUGGCUUCGGGAUCGCCAGCCUCUACAAGACUGAUUUGCGAAAGGUAGGAGGGUUCGACACCUCCAUCCGUGGCUGGGGGAAGGAAGACGUAGACUUGUUUGACAAACUGGUCGCCAUCUCCGACAAUGUUACUGUGUUCCGAGCAGUAGACCCAGGAUUGGUUCACAUCUUCCAUGUUGUCCAAUGUGACCCUAACCUCACAGACUCGCAGUUGGAGAUGUGCAAAAAUACACGAGCGUCGACUUAUGCCAGCCAGACCCACCUGGCCCAGCUGUUCUGCCGUGAUCAGCAAAAAUACUUAACGUUUUUGAAAAGGAAGAAAUCCGGAAAAAGAUGAUAGUUGAAGAAUUGUAUUAUUGUAUUGAAUUGAAACUAAGUUUGAAGUCACACGUGAUUUGUUUGCAAAACGUCUUCCAUUUUAUAUUUGAUGCUUGAUUGGCACGUUCAAAAAAUAUAAAAUAUCUUGAGCUAUGGAACGUGUUCAGGUCAGCAAAACUAGUCGAACAAAUUUUUUUACAAAAAACCAAUACUUUCUCCAUAUACUAUGUAUAGGGGGAGAAAGUAAAAACAAUGUGGCAAUAAUAUGAAUUUGUUUAUUAAUUAUUACUCACCACUUCUUUCAAAAAUUGUAAAAUAUUUUGAUUGGAACCUGCAUAAACAUAUUUUAAUGAAAACAAGAUUUGAUACAUAGAUAAAUAAAUCCCACACACUAAUUAUAAACUUGGAUGUAGAAACAUUAGGAUGAUCAAGUACUGUUUGAAAGCAUUGUGUGAAUGGAAUCCAGAUUACGGUAAUCAGAAUUUUAAGUAUUCACUUAAUUUUAACUCAAUAUUGUAGUUCCUAAAUAAGAUAUUGAUAUUCCUUCCAUAAAGUUCUACGGUGCAAACAAAUUCUUCCAACCACUGGUGGUUAUAAUAGUGCCAUAUAUUUUAAAAAGUAAAUUGUACAUAAUAUUAUACUGUAUUUUUCCUAGUGUUAAACAUUUUAUAAAAUGUGUUUAAAAUCUUUAAAAAUCCAUUUCAAGUUUCACCAAUAAUUUUCAACCCUAUGUAAAUCAUAUCAUGAUUUAUAAUCAAAUAGUGUAAGGUUUUGUUUUAGUUAUAUACGGUUUUUCCAACUCUAUGUAAAUUAAAUUCAGUAUUUGAACUAUUUUGAAUGUAUACAUUUGAUGUGAUAUUUAUUGUUAAACAAAAGCCAAUUUGUAAUAAAUAUGUAUGAAAACUGUAAUUUACAAUUAUUGUUAGUUAAGUUA